AUGGCUACACAAUACGAAAUCGAGCACAACAUCAAGUCUGGGCCCUCGACCCAAGAAGGGACCCGUCGCAUUGACAUGUCCUCCUUCACCUCCUUCCUCCAAAACCUUACCACCAACGACGCCCCCUCCACGACCCGCCACACGAACCCGCACGCAACGCCAACCCCCGUCGACGCCGCCGCCCUCUACCACCUCCUCCAGCAGCAGUUCCAGACGCUCUUCUCCACGGCCCCCAACGCCGACAACGCCCGCUUCCUCUCCGGUCUCGUCGAGGCCCUCGAGCGCGACAUCGCCAGCCCGCCUACCGAGAUACCCGGCGUCUCGCAGGAGCACCUCGACUCCCUUGACCGCGUCCCCAAGAAGGCCCUCGGCAAGGACGAGGCGUGUCCGAUUUGCGCGGAAAAGUUCCUCGACGACCAGUACCCCCUCGUCGUCGAGCUGCCGUGCCACAGCAGCCACCGCUUCGACCUUGAGUGUGUGAGCCCCUGGCUACGCAGCAAGGGCAGCUGUCCCAUGUGCCGCAAGGACCUGACUAAGAAGAAGGAGCAGGUCGUCGUGCCAGAUGACGACGAGGAGAACGAUGACCCUGAUGGAUUGUACGCGUAG